ACCGCCUACACAUCCUAUUGCUUGCCUUGAAAUUCAAUUCCAAGUUGGAAAAAUCUUGCAAAAUCUUUGGAUGCAAUUUGGUCAGAUCUUGCUUUGUGGGUUGUGGAUUUUCUCGAGUCUUAUUUCUAUUCAACAAAACCCCAUUUCCUCUUCAAAAUCCAAACACAAUCCCUCUAAUAUUCAAAGAGACAUUGUUGCUCUCUCACCUGUCUCUCUCGUGUUCUUCUUGAAAUUCAUAUUCUGGUAUUGAAGAUUGAAUUUAGAGGAAUGGGAAUGGCUGCCUCAGACUCACAGUUUCACGUUCUUGCUGUUGAUGAUAGCCUUAUAGACAGAAAGCUCAUUGAAAGGCUACUUAAAACCUCUUCGUAUAUAGCAGUUACUACAGUGGAUUCUGGUAGCAAAGCGUUAGAAUUUCUUGGUUGGCAUGAAGAUGACAGAAGAAACACAGAUGGAACUUAUGUUUCUCCUCAAAACCAUCAGGAAGUGGAAGUAAAUCUUGUUAUUACAGACUAUUGUAUGCCUGGAAUGACAGGCUAUGAUUUGCUCAGGAAAAUAAAGGAAUCUUCAUCUCUGAGAAACAUACCAGUAGUCAUUAUGUCUUCUGAGAAUGUUCCCUCAAGAAUCAAUAGAUGCUUAGAAGAAGGAGCCGAGGAAUUUUUUCUCAAGCCAGUGAGAUUGUCGGAUGUAAAUAAGCUUAAACCCCAUAUGAUGAAAGCUAAGAAGCAGGAAAAAAGAGAAUCGACCCCGCCGCCACCGCCACCGCCGCCGCCGCCUCCACUAUCACAGCCACUGCCUCUUCCACCACAAUCACAGCCACCAGUGCCGCCACCACAAUCGCAGCAGCAGCCACCACAAUCGAGUAAUAACAAGAGGAAGGGCAUGGAUGAAGGGCUUUCCUCCCCGGACCGAACAAGACCUAGAUACAAUGAUCUAACUGUGGUGUCUAUUUGAUCAUCAUAGCAAAUAAUUUUCUUCUUCACAAUUUGAAAAUUUUUAAUGACAAUUUUUCUGUCUUAGUUGAAAUUAGUGGUUAAUACAAACAUUAAGAGGCAUGUACAGAGAGAGACAUCUAGAGUUUCAUAAAUAUGAAGAAAAAUCUGUACACAUAUUACAUGAAAAACUUCCAUCCGAUUUUGUUUUUCUUAUUAAAGGAGAAUUAUUUUUGAUCAGACGAACACCUUUAGGGUAGCCUAGAAUGCAAUAUUUUUAUAUUUUUGUUAAGGGCUCUGGCUUGACCAAGUCUUGGAAGAAAUAAUGAGUUCUUAGUAUAGCCCGAAUUGG